GUCAAGAUCGCGAUUCUCGACACCGGAAUCGACAUUGGACAUCCCUACUUCGCUGCAGACCAAGCUGGGAAACCAAGUGAGCGCCGCAUCAAAUCCUGCGAGGAUUUCCUCGAUCCCAAAGGAGCGGCACAAGAUGUCUGUGGACACGGGACUCAUUGUGUUGGACUGCUGAGGAAAGUUGCUCCUGAAGCAGACAUCUACGUUGCGCGAGUCGCGAAAGAUUUCGAUGAAUCUCUGGAUCCAGAAGUUGUGGCGAGAGCCAUAUUGCGAGCUUGUAGGGACAAGAAAGACGAGAAUGGAAUCAGGAAUUGGAAUGUUGACAUCAUCACUUUGAGUUUUGGGUUCUAUGAGAUGUCGAAAGUGGUACAGAAGGCAAUCCAAGAAGCGUUGUGGAAACCUGUUCUAAUCUUCGCCGCUGCGAGCAAUAAUGGGACGCAGAAAAGAGUCACGUUCCCAGCUUGGCUGACUGGGGUGAUUUGCGUACACAGUGCUAUGGCGAACGGGGCUGCUUCUCUUUUCAACCCUGAUGCUUCUCCGCCUAGGAAUUUCAGCAUUCUGGGGGAGAAUCUCAAAUCUGCUUGGAUUCGAAGUCCCGGUAAUCCCAAUGCCGAGAAGGUCAUGUCUGGCACAUCAAUGGCUACACCGAUUGCUGCUGGAGUUGCUGCGUUAGUGCUUGAAUUU